AGGACGAAUGAAACUGCAACUUCGCCGCCAAUCGACAGUCCAGUGGAGGAAUGAAGAUCAAAGAGUACGAAAUGGAUGAGAUAUUUCUCAGGAUUCGAGAUAUUUCUGAAGGGCCACCAAGUCGCUUUUAUAUUGGAAAAUUAUUUCCGCCUUUAGCGGUAUAUUCUCUUCCGCUUCACUCGCGUUCACGAUCUGAAUAUCGAGGCUUCAAUUCAGAAUCUGUUCGUUCAACUGCCGAGAGAAGAGUAUCAAUCAAGCUCGAUUAUUCUACAUCAGUGUCCAGAAGUCCGGACACGGUCAUGGACUCAUAUUCACUGAAAUCCGUAUCAGAUUUACCCGCACCACUUCGCUCGACUUUUAGUUUUAGGUACUUCAAUUCUUUACAGAGUGAAUGUUUUCCUGUUUGUUUCAACUCCGAUUCGAACAUGGUCAUUUCAGCCCCUACUGGGAGUGGUAAAACUGUACUGUUUGAGCUUUGCAUUUUGAGGCUUCUUUCAAAAUUUAUUGCCGAGGGGAAGUUCAUCCACGAAAAGGGAACUCUAAAAAGCAUAUAUAUUGCCCCAUCUAAGGCUUUAGUACAGGAGAAGCUCCGUGAUUGGAAUCAGAAAUUUGGGUCUUGGGGGGUCAGCUGUUUGGAGCUAACAGGAGAUAAUGAAACUUACAAUAUGAAACAUAUACAAGAAGCUGACAUUAUUCUAACAACGCCUGAGAAAUUUGAUGCAGUAACUCGGUAUCACAUAAAGGAUGGUGGUUUAGGCUUUUUCGGUGACAUAGCCCUUGUACUUAUUGAUGAAGUUCAUCUUUUGAAUGAUCCACGUGGAGCAGCCUUGGAAGCCAUAGUUAGUAGAAUUAAAAUGAUUUCUCGCAACCCUGAAAUGAAAUCCAGUCCUCUCUCUCAUGUUCGUUUCUUAGCUGUAUCUGCUACAAUCCCAAACAUUGGGGAUCUUGCAGAAUGGCUUAACGUCCCUGUUCAAGGAGUCAAAAGGUUCGGAGAAGAAAUGAGGCCUGUUAAGUUAACCAGCAAAGUAUUUGGCUAUGCCCCUGCUAAAAAUGAUUUCAUGUUUGAGAAGCGCCUUCAGAACUACAUUUUUGAUGUUCUCAUGCAAUAUUCAAAAGGAAAAUCUGCAUUAGUGUUUUGUUCAACUAGAAAAGGAGCGCAAGAAGCAGCUCAACGGCUCUCGCAAACAGCAAUGACCUUUGGUUAUUCAAAUCCUUUUAUUAAAAGCAAGGAACAGCUGGAAAGGUUACGAGAAGCUUCACUAUCAUGCAGUGAUAAGCAAAUGCAAUCUAAUAUUCUUUAUGGUGUUGGGUAUCACAAUGGUGGGCUUUGCUUGAAGGAUCGCAAUCUCAUUGAAAGCCUUUUUCUCAAGGGUGAUAUUCGAGUUAUUUGCACUACAAAUACUCUUGCUCAUGGAAUCAACUUGCCGGCACAUACAGUAAUAAUAAAAUCAACUCAGCACUUUAACAAGGAGAAGGGCCUUUACAUGGAAUAUGACCGGUCCACAAUACUACAGAUGUGCGGGAGGGCAGGUCGGCCUCCAUUCGAUGAUACGGGAAUUGUCAUAAUCAUGACAAGAAGAGACACAGUCCAUUUGUAUGAGAAUCUCCUAAAUGGAUGUGAAACUGUGGAGUCGCAACUGCUUUCGUGUGUGACGGAGCAUUUAACUGCGGAGAUAGUUCAAAUGACCAUCUCAGAUAUAGUAAAGGCAAUUGAAUGGAUGAAGUGUUCGUAUUUAUACGUAAGAAUGAAAAAGAAUCCGCAGAAAUAUGCUAUCAGGAAUAGAAUUUCUUAUCACAAUACGGAGAAGCACAUGGAAGACAUUUGCAUUGAGAAAGUAAAUGAAUUAUCUCGACAUCAGAUGAUUUGGAUGGAUGAAGAUGGCUUCCUCUUGAAGCCACUAGACCCCGGGAGGUUGAUGACAAAAUAUUAUUUGAAGUUUGAUACCAUGAAACACAUUAUGCAUGCCCCUGAAAAUUGCAGUCUAGAGGAGGCGCUACAUAUCAUUUGCCAUGCCGAGGAAAUCGCUUGGAUUCAGCUUAGGCGCACUGAGAAGAAGCUUCUUAAUGAUGUAAACAAUGAUAAAGAUGGGAGGCUGCGUUUUCACAUUCUUGGUGAAAAGGGGAAGAAGAAAAAACGUAUACAGACGAGAGAAGAAAAAAUAUUUAUUUUAGCAAACGAUUGCUUGACUGGUGAUCCUUCAAUUCACGAUUUAUCCCUCAGUCAGGACAUGAGUUCUAUUUGCUCAAAUGGAUGCAGAAUUGCCAAAUGCAUGAAAGAAUAUUUUGUAUACAGAAAGAACUAUAAAGGAACCUUCAGCUCAAUGCUUCUAGCAAAAUCUCUAUAUCAAAAACUCUGGGAUGACAGUCCAUUUUUGCUCAAACAACUACCUGGAAUUGGAAUGGUGACUGCAAAGGCGUUGCAUUCUAUGGGAAUCAAAUCAUUUGAGGCACUUGCUGAAGCGGAUCCAAGGAAAAUAGAGAUAGUCACAGGCAGAAAGUACCCAUUUGGGAAUCAUAUCAAGGAGUCAUUAUCAUCCUUACCACCGGAAGUGGACCUGAAGCUCGAGGAAGCUGAAUGCGGUAGACAAGGGAAGGCCAAGCUCAUCGUAACAUUAACUAGAUUGCCCCAGGCUUACCGACCAAAUAAACGACAUUACGCUGAUAUGAUUGUUGGCCUAGAAGAAGAUAACCAGAUUCUCUUUCAUGAGAAAAUAAGAGUAGAUGAAUUCUCCAGCCCUUACAGUGCAGUUGUUCUUGUCUCACAUCCUCAACAAGGAAAGUUGACGAUUAAAGCUGACCUUAUUUUUGAUGAAUACAUUGGCAUUGAUCUCCACCGAAAACUUCAACUAAUGGAACGAAAUUCAAACGCGAGAAGCAAAUGGGGAAGAAUACCGCCGUCCUCCUUUCCUCCACCUGAGGAAGUAUACAUCAUAGACAAUGACAGUGAACCUCUACCACAAGCUGCAGUAAAAGAGCCUCCCAAAUCUUGCGACUCGAACUCGUUACUAGAUUCCAUGCCGAGUUUCAACCUCCUAGACGAAGAGUUUGAGGACGCCGAGCCUGCAGCUGGCAACGACGAAGAUGAAUGCAAAAUCAUCACUGAACGAACUGUAUUUGACCACAUACGUAAGAAAGCCAAAAGCUUCCCUGUGUUGGCUGCUUCAAAAAAUAGUGCUUAUUCACCAGCACCAGAGACAUAUAGUUUCACUAGAAACACGCAGCCGCUAGAAUUCCAGGUUGAAGCUUUGGAAGAGAAACAGAGAAAUGAACUUUCCCCACAUACUAAAGUGGAGUCGUUUUCAGGCUUCAGAGAGGAAGUUGGAAAUGAAUUUCGGACUCUCCAAAACCACUUCCCCUCUGGACCACAUUUCAUGGAUGACGAAAAAGGGGAAUUGGGUCUCCAGACAGAAGAAAGUAAAAUCAUCAUAACGGAGGAAACCAUAUUUGAUGAUAUAAAAAGAAAAGGUAACAGUUUUCCGGUUGUAUCCCAAAUUUGUGUGAAUACACCAGGUGCAUACAGCAAAUUGAAUCGGGCUUCAGAUGCAGAAGUGGCAUCCAUGCAAAUGCUGUCUUUUGAUAUCUCCAUGAUGAAGGAAAACAAGCGGCCACGUCCAGCGAGCCCUAAUAUCAGCAACACCUGGAACCACCCGAGCCCACCUGUAGAAACCAAAAAGAACUGCUGCUCGCUAGAAACUGCCACCGAGACCAGUGAAGUAGAUCCUUUCGUUGGAUUUAAGAGCGUUUUUUCUUUCCUCUGACUCCUUUCUUAUCUUACACCGAUUCAUUCUUUUAUUUUCCUUCUUGCUUGAUCGUGUAUGGAGAAUUGUGUCAUUUCAUACCUAGAUGCAUUUCUUAAAAUUGUUUCGGAAUAAUCUUUUAAAAUUUUGGAAAAAUAUCAAUUUUUACCGCCAUAUUUGUUUGUUGCAUCUUUUUACCACAAAUUUUGUUUUCAUUAAAUUGUACUUAAAACUUA